AAUAUAACAGGCUUUUAAAAUUCAAUAUUGCUGCACAAUUUCUACUUAAAAUGUCAAAAGGGAUGCGAAAGGCAGUCUUUUCAUGGAACGACCCAAAUAUUCAGUGUCCGUGUGUGUGGUACAUAACGUUAUUGUACCAAACUGUGGUUCAGUUAAUCCCCCCACACACACAUACAUAUGCACACACAACACGCACUCCUCCCUCAAUGGAUGGGCGUUACCCGGGCGACCUGUGGACAGCAACAGGAUGACAAAACAAUAAUCUUGAGCCCUGCAGCAAUCAAACAACAGGAAGGACUGCGCCUAUUUCCUGUUCCUGUCAAGAUGCAGAUGUUCAACAUGAGCCACACACAUACAGGCACAGACGCACACAGACAGACACAGCCAGCCAGCCAAUCAAACAAUCAGCCAUGAGUCAUCAUGCUCCACCGCCAAUCUAGUCCAUAGGAAAAACUGGUUCAUAACAGAUACAAUUGGUUCAUACAACAUUUACAACUGGUUCAUCAUAACUGAAUAUAACUGGUUUAUAACAGAUUAUAAACUUGUUCAUAAAUCAGCUAUAAAGCAAUUAUAAUCAGUUAUCACUGCGUUAACUUGUCCUCCAUCUUACAACCCUUUCCCCCAACCCCAUAUGUUGCACCUCUCUCUCUCUCUCUAUCCCUCAGGCCUUCCAAUUGUCCCUGUUACCGUGUCAACAACCACACCCAUGGUGGAGGUCCGUGAGAACUCUGAUGCGGUUCUGAGCUGUGAUUUUCGGACCGAGAAGGAACCGAAUCCUCGAAUUGAGUGGAAGAAGAAAGGAACAGAUGUAUCAUUUGUUUACUAUGAGGGACAGUUCAGAGGAGCCUUUGCAGGGCGUGCAAGGAUCAAGGGGGCAACGGUGACCUUACAGAGGGUGACCCAGAAAGACGCGGGUGAAUACCGCUGUGAGAUCACUGCCCCUCAUGACACCAUCACCCUGGGGGAGACUAACAUUACCCUCACAGUCUUGGUUCCCCCCCACACCCCAACCUGUGAGAUCCCCAGCUCGGCCCUGACGGGCUCUAUGGUGCAGCUGCGCUGUAUGGAACAGCAGAGCAUCCCCCCAGCCACCUACUCCUGGUAUAAAGACGACAAGCCGCUGACCCCCUCCCGCAUGGCCAACGCCACCUACCACCUCAACCCAUUCACCGGCAUACUGGAGUUUAAGUCGGUGGCGAGAGGCGACACGGGACAGUACAGCUGUCUGGCAUCAAACAAAGUGGGGCAGUCCAAGAUGUGUGAGGCUAAACACAUGAAGAUAGAGGAUGUAAACACGGCAGGGGUCAUUGCUGCGGUCGUGGUCAUCUGUCUUGUCAUCGCCAUUUGUGGCUUUGGAGGGUACUAUGCACACCGUAAUGGCUACUUCAGCAGACACAAAGGAAGGUCCUUUUGGAUCCCUCAGUGUCAUGGUGUGGCCCACAUCAGCAGCCAGAACCUCCACAGAACAGAAGACAAGACUAAUGCCAACUACAACCCUCCACCCCAAGAUCCUGCGGACUUCAAACACACCCAGUCUUUCAUGCUGUGAGGCUCUCGACAACCCCCUAAAAAAGACACCAGCACCAUGACAACACUGGAGUAGUUUUAUUCGAGCCAAAUAAACAGCUCUAAGAAUGUA